AGUGAAGUUAAUAUUAAAUUAUUUGUUUUGAAAUAUAUUCAGGGGCGUAGACAAAAUCUUGAAUAAAACACUGACUUUGGUGAGGUGCUGCCUCCUCUGUCUGGCUAAACCUAUGGCUACACACUUGGAAUUCAUACAGAUCAUCAAAACUUUACGACAACAGAUAACUCUCGUAACCAACAGUAAUUUCCUGUUCAAUAAAUAAAAUAUAUGUUGGUAAGUGGAAAAAUAGCUAUUUAAUAUUAUAAAACAUGAACCUGCCAUUGCCAACAACAUACAAUCGUGACAAUGGUUAUGCCAGUUUAUUUAAAGACUUUUAUUGCGGUUGCAUUAGGAGCAGUUAAUGUUCGAGCUCUGUGUGGUCCAAUUUGUGCAAAUAUAGUAUUUGGCGUUGAUACUUCGUGUGAUAUCUCAGACGAUACGAAAAAUGGCGUUAAGGAGUUCAUGGAAAAAUUCGUUGGGAUGUUUAAUGAUACGAUUGCUGAUCCAAAGGCCAGCCCAAUUCGUGUCAGUCAAUUCGGCCUUCUUGCUUUUGACAGUAGCUCCCGUAUUGUAAUUGGCUUUGAGGAUGGACAGACAAAAUAUGAUGUCAUCAACAAGAUAAAUGAUUUUGAUCACACUGCUUUAGAUUGUAAAACAAGCAUUAGUGAAGCUAUCAACAUGGCAAUUGCAGAUUUCUUCGAAUCUGGUGACGAUGAUGAUCGAAGCCCAAAUGUCCUUGUUUUGUUUACCACAGGAGAUGCACAACCAAACACCAUCGAUGACACCAAGGACUCAAUCAACCGACUACGUGCCAAAAACAAUACAUUCCUUUUCUUGGUUCCGUUAACCAACAAGAAUGGCAAAACUGAAUUAUAUGACGUGGUUGACCCGAAAAACAUAUUUCCUUACUCCGAAGAUAUUAAUGUAGGAACUGUGUACACUCGUAUUGAAGAGAUAUCGCGAUGUCCAAGACCAUUUGCUCCUGGAAACAAAGAUGUUCUCAUCAUUCUCGAUCACUCCAAGAGCUUCAAACCAGAACACAAGAUAGUUGUCCGUGAUGCCUUGAAAACUUUGAUUGGUGCCCACAAAAAAGUAGGAGAUGGUGAAGCCGCAUUGGAAUUUGCCAUCAUCGCAUACAAUAAUAAAGUUGAGACCGAGAUGUUGUUUAACAAUACAAUGACCAGCACAAGAGCAGGGAUACUGGCUGCAAUAGACAACAUUUCAAUAACACAUGAGAAAAACAGACGCACUGAUCUUGCCCUCGAAUUUGCAAAUGAUGUUGUAUUUAGACCUGACACUGGGGAUCGUCCUUUCGCCAACAAUGUGAUUAUUCUCAUUACCAGUGGUCCGACAAUAAAAGCUAAAUACCAAAAGAAUACCAUUAAAGCGGCCAAUGCACUAAAAUCGAAAACAGGAACUGAAAAAGUGACGAUUUUUCUACUUGCGUUACCUGGUGCACGGCCUAAAAAUGUUGCUGCACGUCAGAGAGAAUGGGAUUCAAUUGCAUCUGAACCAAAGGAUAGAUUCUUCAAAAGCUUCGAGAACAUCAAUGAACUAUCGCCCUUUAUGCCCGAAAUCGCAGCUAGGGUAUGUGCAAUUGGACUAUAAAGCCCAAUCAACGAUGGUUGGCUGAAAAACUAUAAUUUUAUGAUUCUGAUAAAAAGAUUUUCAUUCACUCUUCAUCUGUUGUUGCAAACUUUGAUAUAGCUUAUCAAUUCAAAUAAAAUUUGGUUCACAAAA